AUGGCUUCUUCCAACCCGUGGGGGAAGGUAUCCAGCCCGAUCCAUGGUAAAAGUAAGGGCUUCUUCAACUUGGAAGGUGAAGUUCCAUCCAAAACCCCGUCUAGAUCUUUCAAAGAUGUGUUGUCGGGUGAUCCGAUGCAAGGUGAUAAUAUUCCUAAAUUUAUCCAGUCGGUAAUUAAUGGUGCUCCUGCUGUUCUUAUUUCUGAUGAGGACAUUCUUAAACUGGCAUCACCUUUUAAAUUUACUUUAGUUGGAAAAUUUAAUCUUCGUAGACCUAAUCUGGAUACCAUUCAGAUGUUUUUUGCUAAUCUUAAGCUUUCUGGUUUUUAUUCCAUCGGAUUACUGGAUUCUCGCCAUGUAGGGAUUCAACUUUCUAACGAUAUGGAUUAUAGUCGUAUUUUUGCUAGACGUUCUUAUUUCAUUAGUAACUGUCAAAUGAAAGUUUUAAAAUGGACUCCUUUCUUUGAUAUUCAAGAGGAAUCCCCUAUCGUGCCAAUCUGGAUUUCUUUUCCGAAUUUGCGGUUACAUUUUUUUAAUCCUCAAGUCCUGCAUGCUGUCGGUUCUGUUUUUGGAAGGCCCCUGCAAACCGAUCAAGCGACUGCUUCCAGGACUAGGCCUUCUAUGGCUCGAGUCCUUGUGGAAGUUGAAAUUUCUAAGAAACAUGCGAAAGAAAUUUGGGUUGGUUCCAGGGAUUUUGGUUAUAUGCAAAAGGUUGAGUUCGAAAAAGUGGCAGAUUUUUGUUCUCACUGUAAGAUGCAUGGUCAUGGGGCUGUGGAUUGUUUUAAAUUGCAUCAUGACUUGAAAAAAAAUACUACAUCUAAUGUUGAAAAAGUUGAUUUAUCUGUGAAGGAACAAGAACCUAUGGUUUCGGAGGCCACACCGGUAGGGGAUAAAGAUAUUGCUCUGGAAGCGGUUCAGGUAAAUUCGUUAGCUGUUAAUAAUUUAGAUAUACCGAAGAACUUAAAUAUUGCGGAAAAUUUUGUGGAAG